AAUUCCAAUGAAAAAGGCAAGAUAUGGCAUUGACACUGCCCACCUUGGACAAAACAUUAGUGUAUCCAGUGAAUGCACUAUAGAAUCACGUGGGAUCAGCGUUUCAACGUCGGCCACUAAAUAUACCAAUGAAUCCAACCAAGGCGUGUUUGAAGUUGUUUGCUGCAGCCACUGCAACACGUUUGAAAAGCAGUCACAGGAUAUUGGCAAAAAAUUAGACGACCUGCAAUUGAUAGUCGAAGCACAGAAUACUGCUAUAAUGGAUGCAAUAGCGGUCCAAAAGGUGGCGACUGAGCAAUUGAUUCGCCAAGAAUCAAAAAAUGCACCCAUCACAAAAUAUUUCCCAAUAAGUGACGUCCCAGAAAUGCAUCAGUUGGAGGAAAAAAUUACUCUACUAACAGAGAUGUAUAUGUAAGUUAAUUUGAUAUAUAGAUUUAUAUCAUAGCUCAGUUUACAAAUAUUAUUUAAACAUAUUUUAUAGGAAUCUGCGAUGUCUGCUAUUUUAUGCAACAAUCUCAGAAAUAUAAGGCUGCUGUUAAAUAAGGACGUCAUAGCGUCAAUAAACAUGGAUGGUUCACAUGGAAAGAUAAGCUUAAAAUAUUUCCCAAAUUUUUAUGCUUCAUUGACUGGUAAGAUAAAUAUUCCAUACCAUUGUUUUACACAUAUGUAUGUUUUUAUUUCAAGUUAAAUUAAAUCUUCUUUUCAUUUAGGAGCCAUUGCCAAAUUACCAUUUAAGGGAUUGUCGCCGGAGGACGCGCUGCGCAAAGCCAUUGCUUUCGAAAAAGCUAAAUGCUUUAAGAAAGCUUAUCGACAAAAAAAGAAGAAUUCUGCAUCUUAAACUACUACCCCUCCAAUUGUUUUUUUUUUUUUUUUAAUAUAAAACUGCAAUAGUACAAAGUUGUAAUAUUUCAGACUUUAAAUUCUGACUUCUUAUUUCUGGACUGAAUUUUUCUUUUUUAAUUUUUAUUAUAAAAUUAUUUAAAAAAUGUGAUUUAUAAAACUCGUAAAGAAACCAGAACGAAUAUUUAUUUUAAAAUUUUCGCAGCUAAAAACUCACAAGAAAUAUUCUCCUAAAAGUUUGUAGCCCAUUUUAUAUCGUUUUUUUUUCUUAAAGAAUAAAUUUUGUUCACGCGUUAUAUGAAAGCAAGAAAUCAACGCGAACUAUUUGAGUGGAGUACAAAACUGCGUAAACGAUUUUUUUUAAGAUACAUUUUUUUAAAUUUUGAUGAUAAUUUCUUUCAUGAGUUUUGCAAAAAUUUUGAUUUGUCAGAUUUAUGUUAGAGAAGCUGUAUUUAAAGUGUUUAAAGUCAAUUAAAUAAAAAUACAUAUUUUAAAACGAAGGCUUCGGAUAAAA